CUGCCGCUUUUCGAUCAACGUCGUGAAGAUCUAAUAUUGUGGUUGCUGGUCUCUUGAAAUCGGUAUUUUUCUUUACAAGAUAGGCGGUUUAUACCUCAUUCAAAAUGGAAACGCCAGACCCUGCCCAGAUACGACAACAGCUCCAGCAACUCGAGGAAGAUCAUGGUGACCUAAAAACCCAACUUUCCAUCAUUCGAAUCAGUGAGCCGAUUUUUUCUCCGGAUGCAGAAAAUCCAGGGCCGUCACCUUCAAAGCGUAAUUCAGAUGUUUCUGCCCUUGAUAACCCAUCUCCAGCGUCCCUCGUGGCAGACCUGGCACACUACAAGGAAUUAUUUUCCAAACUGCGCUUUUCAUACGUCGAACAAGUUACAAAAGAGAAGUUCCUGCGCGCUAUCGUGGGCGAUCCUCCCCUCGUCGUCGGCCAUAAUGAGAAUGUAGAACUGGAGGGGCAGUUGGCGGAAGUGAAGGCAGAACUUAAGGCGCGCAAAGAAGAAGUUCGGAUGAUGAUAGAGGAUAUGGAGAAGACUGCUAGAGAUCUUGCAAGUCGCUACAAGAAUGUUCAGCUACAAAUGACCCAGCUAGAGACUCUCCCUGAAUCGAUUGAAAACCUCGAAUCUACUAUCGCUACGCUGCGGGCGAAACAAUCCUCCGAUACGCAUGCUUCCUCCUCUUCACAGAAUCUUCCACUCCCUGCAACGCUGUCUCUUCUGGCGGAACGAGAGGCUGAACUCGCUGCACUUAAUCGACAGCUCGCUGCAGUGCAGAACACUUUGCCACGAAAGACACGAGAGGCCGAGGCCAUGGAACGAGAACUUAGCAUACUCGAGCGACGGAAGACGGACGCGAUCUAUCAAGCCAAAGAAGCACAGAGGAAGAAACAGGAGGGCGAAAGCGAUGGGCUUGAGGAAGCAGGAAGAUGGUAUAGAAGUGCGGAGGAAGCACUUAAGAACCUCGUGGGCGUGGAAGGUUAGGGUUGAUCCGGGGAUUGCGAACACUGCACGAUUUAUGAUAUCCGGAAGGAUGGCGUUUGGGAUUGACUAAUAAAGGUAUGGGUGGAGCGUGGCGCACAUGUCUAUGAGAUCUACAGGUACUAGAAGGAGUCUAUGAAAAUGAUUCAGGUUUCGAAAUUGAGGCGU